AUGCUUUCCUUCAUUCAACAACGUCUUGGCAAGACGCCCACCCAAGCACAGACGAAGAUGACGCGUCAAGAGUCUAUAGAAUCGGCCUUCUCCCGCGUUGCAGCUCGCAAUGACUCCAAAGACCCUUCUACGACUCCCUCUCUGACUACAGCGACAAGCCUAACCGAUACUUCCAGCGAACUCACAGAUGGCUCCGCAAAAGCAGAUGACUACAAACGAAGCUCUGCACGAUCACGAGCCAGCAUUGGCAGCUACAAUGAGAACGUACUAUCAGCCAAGCAGAGCCGCUCGGCUCGAAAGCAAGGUGCGCAUGGGGGAAAGUGCACAAUUUCGGGCCAAACGUUGGUUGACGGCGACGAAAUUACUUCGCGUGAGAGGCUUCUGCAACAGAGUGUGCAGGCUCUGGACGAAGAUUGGAAGAUUGGAGCUAUGCCUGGUGAUAACUUGAGGCUGUCUACAAGCAAUGAGGACGGCGCCAAGAGGCGGAGGUCCAUGCGAUUGGAUAUACUGGACCGAGCUUCUAGUAUGAUCGAGAAGACUACGACUGUGCUGGGUAAGAGGGGACGCGAGACAGUUGAGGCUGGAAUGGGGACAAUCCAGGCGUCGAAAUCGGAUAACAAGACGCCUAGCUUGAGGCCGAGGGAACCCGAAACGCCAUGCUUCGAAGGACCCUCUAGGAAACGAGCUCGCUUUUUGGAGGUUGAGAUUAGCAACAAGCAGUCUGCGGAGCCAGGGGAAGGAGGGUAUGAAGUCACAAAAAAACCUACUAAACCAUGGGUCGCCCAAGGGCUCUAUGUGGGACAGCACCGGAGUGAUGAUGCUAGGCUUACCGAAACUAAGAAUAAGGAGAAGAAAACCUCGAACAACCAGCCAGAGGCUGGUGAACGUGCAAUCAUGCCAAUGCCAAUGUGGCUUGGGGACAAAAUAAUAGAAACGGGUAGAGACUUCAAGCUGCCCUUCAACCUAUUUUCACCCUUGCCACCGGGCCAGCCAAAACCAGACGAAUGGAAGAAGACACAAAAGAAUGUGUUCAUUGGCGACGCUGCCAACGUGUGGAAGAAAGCCAAGGAUUUGGAACAUUCUACAUGCAUCUGCACCGCAGAAGCUGGCUGUGACGAUCACUGCUUCAACCGAUUCAUGCUCUAUGAAUGUGAUGACAGCAACUGCAAAGUAGGCGCCGAGCAUUGCACGAAUCGUAGCUUCGCCGCUCUAAAGCAACGAUGUAAAGUGGGAGGCAAAUACAACAUUGGCGUCGAGGUCAUGAAAACGGCUGAUCGUGGCUACGGUAUACGAGCCAACCGUACAUUCGAGCCCAAUCAGAUCAUUGUCGAAUACACAGGGGAAAUCAUCACACAAAGCGAGUGUGACGAACGCAUGAACAAGCGCUAUAAGGACGCCGAGUGUUACUAUCUCAUGGACUUUGACCAAUCCAUGAUACUUGACGCCACUCGAGGCUCCAUCGCUCGUUUCGUCAACCACUCUUGUGCGCCUAAUUGCCGCAUGAUCAAGUGGACUGUGGCUGGCAAACCGCGCAUGGCGCUCUUUGCAGGAGACAACGGCAUCAUGACUGGUGAAGAAUUAACAUAUGAUUAUAAUUUUAAUCCGUACUCUGUUAAGAACGUGCAGGAGUGCCGCUGUGGCGCGGAAGGAUGCAGGCGAGUCUUGGGACCGAAGCCAAAAGAAAUCCGAGAAGCGUUGAAACCUAUUACGACAGGUCGAAAGAGGAAGAUCCAGCAGGUAGUUGAAGAUGCCGUGGAGACGGUAACCAAGAGGAGGAAGAUCGCUGUCCCAUCAUCCGUGAAGUCUGCUUUCGCAGCAGCAAAGGUCCAAACCUCGAGGAGAUUAUCACAGGCAGGAGUGCUGGGAUCUUCGGCUACUCAAAACCGACAGCUGGUGAAGAAAGUUUCGCAACGCUCCCUGCGGGGUCUCGAACAAGAAACAACGACUGAGCGUUUAGGAGAUGGGAAAAAGAGACAGCGUACCACGAUUACAUAUUCUCGUCGACGAUCUUCUGUUGGAACUCUGACAGACACGAAAGGCGAAGACAAGAUCCGACGCGGUUCAUCUGCUAAGGUGGCGGAGGAAGACAAAGGGGAGAAGCCGUUCAGUAGGGGUGACAGCGUCAAAGUGAAGGUGGCCAGUAUGAAAGAAGGUGUUGUCCGAACUGUUAGGAGGUCAAGCCGAGGGACACCGGCUGGAAAGACAAUCCGGAUUAUCGGUGACGACGAGUAUAAGGGUUGGCGCUGA